UAACAACUAGCAAGUCGAAAGUCACCAUCAUCAUAUCAUAUCAUUAUAAGAAGCGGUGAGGUGAGGAGGGAGGGACAGAGAGAGAGAGAGAGAUGGAGGCGGCCAAGCCCAAGGGAGUGGUGAAGCACAUCUUGCUAGCCAAGUUCAAAGAUGACAUCCCACCUGACCAGAUUGAUCAACUCAUCAAGGGCUACGCCAACCUUGUCCAUCACAUCGAGCCCAUGAAGUCUUUCCACUGGGGAAAGGACGUCAGCAUUGAGAACCUGCAUCAAGGUUUCACUCAUGUUUUCGAGUCAACUUUUGAGAGCGUGGAAGGCAUUGCGGAGUACGUUGCUCAUCCAGCCCAUGUUGAAUUUGCAAAUAUAUUUCUCCCCGUUUUGGAGAAAUUCCUUGUUGUUGACUACAAACCCGAACCAGUCCAGCUCUGAAGCAAGAGGGUGAUGGUGUCUAUAUGAAUAUGUUUUUAUGACUAUGGUAUGGCAAACUUAUUAUGUACCGUGAGGUUUUUAGGCAUGUUGUUUCUGAUGAAUAAGAAGUAUUGGGAAUGUUUGAUGAUUACCAAAAUCUUCAGAUCAUAACCAUCUGCAUAUGAAAAUAUGAACCGUUGUUUGAGGCUCUUCUAUGAUUCUCGAAAUUGCGAGGCAGGUGGGAAUUGAUUGGCACCACAUGCUUCUUUAUAAGUAA